AUGACAGUCGAGGUACAGGAGAGCCCAGCCGCGGCCGCCAUGGCCAAACACGACGAUACGCGUCUGACCGACGCCGACUUUUCCUCGCUGCUAGCGUCGCUCCAGCCGCACGAGGAGCUGGCGACGCUCUCGCACAUCGAGAACCUCAUCUCGGAGACAUCGACGCGGCGGGCGGGGAUGGCGUCCGAGAUGUCGCACAAGAUCUCGACGCUGCAGGCGUCGCUCGACGAGCUGCGCAAAAACUCGACGCGCGCCGCCACCGACUGGCGCUCGCUCCACUCGCACCGCGAAGUCAUGGCCAAGCUCGACAAUCAGAAGUUUGACCUGGCAAAGAGCAUCAACGAGCAGGAGGCCAGGCUGAGCGCGCUGCAGAGCGAGCUCCUCGAGGUCAAGCGCCUCCACGACGAGGUCCAGGACGAGGACGUCGAGACCGAGGGCGAACUCGACCGAGAUGCCCUCUGCCUCAAGAUCUUCCGUGGCCUCGGCUUCCUCCCUGCGAAGGACGAGAUGGACGCAGACGCCGGCUUCACCUCGAUCCUCGUGCGAUCCGACAAACGCAACGCCGCGCUCCCCAUCGAGGUAUCGGAGCCCAAGCUCAAGCAGUCGGGCAUCUCGCCUUUUGUCCUCGCCAAUCAGCUAUGGAAGGCUGCCGACUGA